AUGUUCAAGAUCGUCUCCUCGAACGCCUAUCCGCAACACGAAGGACUCGUUGAGGAAGAGGGACUAUAUAUCGAUGCUUCAGCGUCUCAAUAUCUUCGAGCACCGGGAGUAUACGCUGUCAGGAGAUAUCCUGUCGAUCCGAGAAGGGCGGCGGCAAGGCCACCUAGAUGUACGCAUCUAGGUGGUGCUUACAUGGUUCACCUCCAGGAGCUAUGUGAGACUACUCGCUGGCGGAAUUCCCGGUUAGAAGCCAUCAUCAGGACGGUCGACAAUGAGGUGUACGGAAAGAUCACUGGUCUUGGAGGGCCUAGUAUACUGGCGAACAAAAGCGUUGGAGAGUGGAAAGACCUCGAGCAGUGGAUACUUGCUUCCAUUAAUGUCAGUCUUCAGUCCCUCGUGGCCAAACUGGAUCACGUCCACAUUCCGCCCGGUGUCGACAGGGAGACACACCACAAGCUUAUCGCAACAGACUGUUUUGGUACCGGCCAUGAGAAUAUCAUUGGAUCCCUGGAGAGAGUUUCGGGGGGUGUACAGGUCACUCGGUGGCAAAAUCCUUGA